AUGUUUAAAUUUCAAGCAAGUUUAUUACCAUUAGCAUAUGGUUGUAUAACUAUGUUUUCAUUCCUUUCGACAUUGUUUCUAGCAUGUUAUCUUCAUUUUAAAAAGGUGACAGAGAAUCAUUGUCGUCAGUACGAGUUCUUGCCAUCGAUUUCGUCGACCAUUGGUGACCGUUCACCAGAGAUGAAUGUGUUUCGUUACGGUAUGGCGUUGACCAGCGGGUUGCGUCUCGGUACCAUCUAUCUCAACCAUCAUAUCGGAUUGGAAGACAUCCAAUCUCUCGUCUCGGUGUUUGGCUCGAGUGCAUCGGUCAACGACUCGGUCAAGAAGUUGCGUCUACUCGUUCCACUCUCCACCAUCUUUGACACGAUUCAUUGGUUUCGUCUCGUACGUCAUCUUCUCGUUCCUCUUUAUGUACACUCAUUCGGCCGUGCUCUACCACACCCGUAUCAAGUUCAAUGGAAGGUCAUCUCUGGUAUCGUCCAUUUCUUGCUCUUUGUAAGCUCAUUGAAAUAUUUUGUUGAUCAUACUUUUUAUUGUGUUCCAUUGGCUUAUAGUAAAUAUUCAAUCUUUGAAUGGUUAUUGGCAUUUACAAAUGUUGCUUAUGAUACACUUACUUAUUAUGAUUUCGAAGGACUUUAUUUCACUCUUCAUAAAGAAAAGAAAUUAUAUUAA